CAUUUCCUCUAGAGAGAGAAACUAGAGAGCAUUCCACCACUCCGUAAAAAUGCGCCACGCCGGACGACGCCGUCCAAAGGACUCCAUCGCCUCCGACCGCAAACCCCCGCCACCCACUCCCACCACCGCCGACCCAUGGCAGUACACGACCGCCGCCAUCGGCCGCGACUCCGAUGCAAGCUUCGCCAGCAGCCGCCCCUCCUCCUCCUCGAUUGGCCUCAACCCUCGCUCCUCCACCCUCCCCAUCACCGACAAGUCUUCCCAACUGGGCGUCAUCAGAACCGUCAAUAACUACCUCUCCUCUCACUCCAUCCCCACCGUCCUCAGACCUCCUCUUCCCUCCGCCAAAGACAUUACCGAAACCCUCAAAUUCAUCCUAUCUCGUCUCGACUUUGCGCCUUCAAAUAAACUUGAGGAAGAUCUCAAUGUGACCCUAAAGUUCCUUAAUUGCCCCAUCAAACUCAACAAAUCUGCUCUUCGCGCCCCUGGUACCCCUCACUAUUGGCCCACCAUCCUGGCUGUGAUUCACUGGUUAGUCCAGAUUGCGAUGUAUAACGAGCAUUUGUGUAAUUCGACACAAACUCGGUCGGUUUUUGAAGAUAAUAGUAUGUUUAGCUACGCGUGGAAUAGUUAUUUGGCCUAUAUUAGAGGGGAUGAUGAUUCGGUGGAUGCGUUGGAUGGGGAGUUUUUGGAGAAAUUGCAGCAGGAGAGGGAUGUAAUGGAUGAGGGAGUGAAGAGUUUGGAAGGAAAUGUGAGGGAUUUGGAGGUCAAAUUGGAGAAUUUGAGGUCGGGGCCAACGGAGAGGGAGAAGUUUGAGAAGGAGAAGAGUGUGUUGGAGGAGGAUGUGAAGAAAUUUCAUGCGAUGAUUGAGCAAUUGGAUGGGCAUAUUGCUUCGGUGGAGAAGAUGUUGGAGGGGAAAGAGAAAGAGUUGGAGGCCAAGGUUGGGGAGAGGCAGAGGAUAGUGGAGGAGAAUGAGGAGUUGAAGAGGAGGGUGGAGGAGCAGGGGAUUAAUUCUAGGGAUGCAGAGAGGAUGAAGAGGGAGUUGCAAGCAGUUGAGAGGGAUAUCGGGGAGGCUGAGGUGGCGAGGAAUGCGUGGGAGGAGAAAGCUUGGGAUAUUGAUGCGGUGAUUGGCCACAAGUUUAAGGAGCUUGAGGGUCUUUUGAUUGAGUGCAACCAAGCUAUCAGGAGGUUAAAGCUUGGAAAUGGUUUCCAGUAUGGGUUGAAUGCCAAAGGUUCCACACCUGCUGAGGUGCUGAGAAUAGACUACAAAUCAACACUAAAGCCUGCACUUGCCUCCUUUGCUGAUGACAUAAAGAAAAGCUCAAUGGCAAAGCUGGAAGAGUUGAUAUCUCUUCAGCAACAGUCGGUUGAAAAUGCUGUUAAGAUUGAGGCCAAACGGAAUCGUAUUGCAGCCCUUCAAUCCCAUAUCGAAGAAGUGGAAGCUCAAUUGAACUUAAUGAGGAAGGAGACACAGGACUAUGCUUCCAGAUGCGUAAUAGAAGCUAGAAAGUUGGUAGAAGAUAGUGAAGCAGAAACUCGUAACAUGGAUGUUGUUGAAAGAGAAGCGGCAGAGUUUUUGAAGGCAUCCAAACUGAAGUUGCAGGAAACAACUACACAGACAGAGGAAGAAGUUCAGGCAUGCGCUCGUGAACUUCUUGCGCUGAUUGAUUCGGUUUCAAAAUUCAAAGAGUAUGUGGAGUCAAAAAUCUCAGAGAUGAAGAAUGCUCUUUCAGAAACAGCUGGUGCUGUAUCUAAUGUUCAAAGGGAGUCUUUGCCUGCACAGUUUGGUUUUGAUUUUGCCGCAAGCCGCUGAAUCAAAGUCUUGUUGUACAUUAGUUGGUACAACCUGUGAAUUGUUUGUCUUUUCUUUUGCCUGAGGGUGUAUUUAUUUUUGAUUAAUCAGAAAUAUAUGUUUCCGUGUAAUGGACGAUUAAACUUGAUAGAAAUUGAC